UAAUUCUCCAGUGACGUGCAACGACCAUUUUGAUACCUAACAUUCUGUUGUAUGAUCGCCCAAGGAACAACAACAAGCUUUGUCCACCGCUUCGCGUCUGGCCGCUGCGACUGCUUCCAGCGCGUUUCUCCGCAGACAAAGACGAAACAAAACCCCACAAUUAGAACACCACAGCAUUGUCUGAUUUCCAUAGCCUCGAAAAUUACUGUCUAAUAUCUUCCUAGUCUACUCUCCCUUCUACCAGCGCAAAACUUCUUCUCUACCGGCCCGUGUCCUGGCGACACGCUUUCAGGAACAAACAGCCAUCAUGGCCUCAUCGGCCCACCAACCGUUCGGAUCUCGCUCAUACGGAGGCGGCAAAUUACCCGAUCGAUCGGUGAACGCAAAUGCGAUCCCUUUCAGCGCGUCGUCCUUCUCUCGGCAUCGCGGGCUGGGAGCGACAGGCCCCGGCGAAUUUGGCGCAGAGGCCGCGAAAUCAACGCAGCAGGCAGCGCCUCAACCUCCCGUGCAUUCGCAGACACAUGGUCCCUCGCAGGACUCGAAUCCGUUGAAUCGGUUGACGGAGGAGCAGAGGGAGGAGAUUAAUGAAGCUUUUACGCUCUUCGAUCUCGACCGAGACCGCCAUCUAGAUUACCAUGAACUCCGCGUCGCGUUCCGCGCUCUCGGCUUCACGCUUUCGAAACAAGAACUCAUUUCCCUCCUCACGACUUACGGCGUCCCCCGGCCCCAAGUACAACAGCAAUCCGCGGCACAGGCAGCGCAGCAUCAGGCGCAGUCGAAGGCGACGCCGGCCACAAACCCCCAGCAUCCUUCCAACCUCCUCAUGCCGCUGUCGGCCUUUCAGGCCGUGACGGCCGUUAAGAUUCUGGAGCGGGAUCCGCGGGACGAGAUCCUCCGGGCGUUUGAGCUGUUUGACGAGGGUGGGAAGGGGUACAUUGAUCUUGAGGAUUUGCGGCGGACGGGGUUGGAGGAGGAGGAGCUACGGGCGAUGAUUGAGGAGUUUGAUUUGGAAGGGGUGGGUGGUGUUACGAGGGAUGCGUUUGUGAGUAUCUGCUGGCAAUGAUGUUUGCGCUGCUAUCUGCUUGUAUAUGCUUCUUCUGUCAUGCGUGGACUGGUGCUUUUUGAGUAAUGGAACAUUUUCCUGUCAUCCGUGCUCUCGUCAUCAGAUCCAGCCCCGUUCUUCAAGGAGACAAUCGAUGGGCGUGUCGCGUUCUUGAAUUUAACCGGAUCCAACGAGGUCUCCGAAAUUAUAUUAGACAAGAGGUUUACACCAAUGCCACUCGGUUAGCCAGACCAGUG